ACCUGGCGGCACUCCUCGCCAAUCACGCCAUGGAGCGAUGCCAUCGUCGUGCUGUGGUUGGCUGUGUGAGAGGCCCGGGGACAAGAGGGCGGGCUUACCCGGGGCAGCAGGGAGCGUUUCGCCGCUUGGAGCGUUAGGCUGCUGUGACGACGAUGGGGGAGUGCGGAGCGGGCUGGGCCUCUGGGCCGGGCGCCGCGGGACUGUGAGACGGCACACGGGAGGUCCCGCAGGCGGGCGGGGCGUCGAGGCCCGGCGCUAGCAUGAAAAGGCUUUCUGCUCUGGAUUUAGUUCUUUGCAAAAUGAAUAUUACAUUGUUCCACAAAGGUUGGACCCACCAGUAGAAUUUGUCAAGAACAGCACAUGUAAAUCAAGAACUUAUUUUUCUUCAAGACUUUUGUGCAGCUUUAAAAGUUUUAAGCACAAUGAAUUCAGGCUUAUGGAGUCAAGAAAAAGGAAGUUCAUCUUACUGGGAAGAGCGGAUCUUUUACUUGCUUCUCCAAGAAUGCAGUGUCAUAGACAAGCAGACUCAAAAGCUCUUGAAAGUGCCCAAAGGUAGCAUUGGGCAGUUCUUUCAAGACCGUUCUUCUUUGGGACACUCCAGAAAUAUUCCUUGUAAGGGCAAGAAACUGCAGAUCGGAGUAAAGAUUUUGGAACAACCUCAUGCAAUCUUGUUUGUGGAUGAGAAAGAUGUUAUAGAAAUAAAUGAAAAACUAGCUGAGUUGCUUUUGGCCAUUACUAAUUGUGAGGAAAGAUACAGUCUGUUUAAAAGCAAAAGCAGAUUAACUAAAGGCAUCCAAAUAGAUGUUGGCUCACCUGUUAGAGUACAUCUAAGAUCAGGAGAUGAUAAAUUUCCUGGAGUUGUUCGCUUCAGAGGACCCUUAAUGCAAGAAAGGUCCCUAACAGGGAUAUACUUUGGAGUGGAGUUGCUGGAAGAAGGUCGUGGUCAGGGCUUUACUGAUGGACAGUACCAAGGCAAGCAGCUUUUCAGAUGUGAUGAGGAUUGUGGGGUUUUUGUUGCUUUGGACAAACUGGAGCUGGUGGAAGAUGAUGACAAUGAACUGGAAAGUGACUAUGCAGCUCCAGUUGACACAAUGCAGGUAGAACUUCCUCCUCUGGAGAUCAACUCCAGGGUUUCUCUGAAGAUAGGAGAGAGUAUAGAGUAUGGGACAGUUAUAUUCUGUGAUGUCUUACCAGGAAACGAAAGUUUAGGAUACGUUGUUGGAGUGGACAUGGAUAAUCCUAUUGGAAACUGGGAUGGAAGAUAUAAUGGAAUACAGCUGUGCAGUUUUGCAAGUGUUGAAAGUACACUUCUUUUGCAUAUCAAUGAUGUUAUUCCAGAGACUGUGUCACAGGACAGGAGACCUCCCAAGCUUGCCUAUACCUCAAGAGGUGGUGGUGACAAAACCUUAUUCAAUCAUAGUAAGCCAAAGGCUACAGGAUCUACCUCUGAACCUGGGAAUAGAAAUAGAUCAGAAGUCUUCUACACAUUAAAUGGCUCAUCAGUUGACUCUCAGCCUCAAACAAAAGCAAAACCCCCAUGGUAUAUUGAUGAAGUUGCUGAAGACCCUGCAAAAUCACUUACUGAUUCAUCUCCUGGAUUUGGGCAUUCUUCACCACCACUGCAGCCUCCUUUAACAAACUCUGUGUCUACAGAAAAUAGAUUUCACUCCCUCCCUUUUAGCUUGACAAAAACGUCAAGUACUAAUGGCACUAUUGCACAUAGUCCUCUCUCUCUAUCUGUUCAGUCAGUCAUCGGUGAUGUAAAUACUACAGCUAACCAGGAGAGCCCAACAACAGCAGGCCCACUUGGGAACUCGCAUGGUCUUGAGGCAGGUUCCCUAGCUGAAGUUAAAGAAAAUCCUCCUUUCUAUGGAGUCAUCCGCUGGAUUGGCCAGCCCCCUGGAGUGAAUGAAGUGUUAGCUGGACUGGAACUGGAGGAUGAAUGUGCAGGUUGUACAGAUGGGACGUUUAAGGGAACUCGCUACUUCACCUGUGCUCCAAAGAAAGCUCUUUUUGUUAAACUCAAAAGCUGCAGGCCAGACUCCAGGUUUGCCUCCCUACAGCCUGUUUCCAACCAGAUUGAACGCUGCAACUCUCUAGCCUUUGGAGGUUACUUAAGUGAAGUGGUAGAAGAAAACACUCCUCCAAAAAUGGAAAAAGAAGGUUUAGAGACAAUGAUUGGAAAGAAGAAAGGUAUCCAGGGUCAUUACAACUCCUGUUACUUAGACUCCACCUUAUUCUGCCUGUUUUCUUUUAGUUCUGUUUUGGACACUGUGUUACUCAGACCUAAAGAAAAGAAUGACGUAGAGUAUUAUAGUGAAACUCAAGAGCUGCUGCGGACAGAGAUUGUGAACCCUCUGAGAAUAUAUGGAUACGUAUGUGCUACAAAAAUAAUGAAACUGAGGAAAAUACUUGAAAAAGUUGAGGCUGCAUCAGGAUUCACUUCAGAGGAAAAAGAUCCAGAAGAAUUUUUAAAUAUUUUAUUUCACCAUAUUUUAAGAGUUGAGCCACUGUUGAAAAUAAGAUCAGCAGGUCAGAAAGUACAAGACUGUUACUUCUAUCAAAUUUUUAUGGACAAAAAUGAGAAAGUUGGAGUCCCAACAAUUCAGCAGUUACUAGAGUGGUCGUUCAUCAACAGCAACUUGAAGUUUGCAGAGGCACCCUCUUGCCUGAUUAUCCAGAUGCCUCGCUUUGGAAAAGAUUUCAAAAUGUUCAACAAAAUUUUUCCCUCCUUGGAACUAAAUAUAACAGACUUACUGGAAGACACUCCCAGGCAGUGCCGUAUAUGUGGAGGACUUGCUAUGUAUGAGUGCAGGGAAUGUUAUGAAGAUACUGAUAUUUCUGCUGGAAAAAUCAAGCAGUUCUGCAAAACGUGCAAUACGCAGGUUCAUCUUCAUCCCAAGAGGCAGAGUCAUAAAUUCAAUCCAUUAUCACUACCCAAAGAUCUGCCAGAUUGGGACUGGCGACACGGAUGCAUACCAAACCAGAAGAUGGAGUUGUUUGCUGUUCUCUGCAUAGAAACGAGCCACUAUGUGGCGUUUGUUAAAUACGGGAAGGAUGACUCCGCCUGGCUUUUCUUUGACAGCAUGGCAGAUCGGGACGGAGGUCAGAAUGGCUUCAACAUUCCACAAGUUACCCCAUGUCCAGAAGUUGGUGAAUACCUAAAGAUGUCUCUAGAAGAGUUGCACUCACUGGAUUCCAGGAAAAUUCAAGGUUGUGCAAGAAGACUACUUUGUGAUGCCUACAUGUGCAUGUAUCAGAGUCCAACAAUGAGUUUAUAUAAAUGAACUCUGUCCUCUGCAAACCUGGAGAAACAGUGUGGGGUUGCAUUUGCUGCAUUUUUUUGGUUAGUUUUAAGGCAACCGUUGCCGGCAAUGGAUGCGAUGACAAGGAAGGUGUCGUGAGCAGAAGGAUUACUGUUCCAAAAACUACAUGUGGAAUUCUGUCAUUGAAGUAUUUUGCACUCUAGGAAGUGUGCUUGUGUGUGUUUGUUUUAUAAACAAAGUGAAGUUACUAAAACUUAAACCUUUAAGUGCAUUGAUUAUACAUAGGCUUUCUUGAAAUGUUGAAGGUGGAAUAUUAGCAGGAGAAACUUCCUUAGUCCAUUGGGAAUGUAAAGCUAGAGAUAAUGUUCUUGCUUAGUGCAUUUCUGUGGACCAAGGAUAGUCAUUUUCUUGUGUUUCUUUACUGUCUGCCCCUCCACCUCUCCCUACCCUUGACUGGUUAGCACCACAUAUUCUCUCUAUCUCUCAGAGAAAUUUUAGACUGUUCAUAGCCUAUUAACUCUGUUCUGUUACCCAUCUACUAAAUUCUUUUCAGUUCACACAUUUGCAUCUUCAAAAUUGAACACUCAGAGAUGUGGAUUCCUAGCUUGUGAAAUUUAGGCACACAGAUCGGCUAUCUGUUAACUUGCAAUUUUUGGAGUGGGGAAAAAAGAGCAGAGAGGGCAUUAAAGAGAAGCAUAAUUGCUGAAAAAUAAAAUUAGAAGAAGACAUCUGUUAACUUUCAUUGCUAAGUGUCUAUUUAUAAAGAAACAGAGCAGUCUGGAACAGAAUAGCAAGUUUGUACAAGCGAUUUGAGGACAAAACAAUAAAACAGUGGAUUGCCUCAGGGAGCAUUACUGAAGUGGAUGAUAGCCCUUGGUAAAACAACUGACUGCUGCAGUACUUUAAGCUACUACCUGGAAAGAUGUUGCCCAGCUGACUCUUCAUUUAGGAUUACUAAUGAAGAGUAUAAAUAUCUGCCUGGAAAGCUGAAACUGUAAGUAAACGCAAGUCAGAGUUUUACUGUAUACCAAGUACCUAAUGAAAACUAACUUGAAAAGCUGCAGAAUCAACGUUGAUGUAAAAUAUUCUACUUUGUUGGUUCCUGUUUCAAAUGAAACACUGCUGUUUUAGUUGCUUCUUUUGUCUGCGCUGACUGGCAAACUUGCAACUAUAUACAGUAAAAUCUGUACAAAUUGAAUAUAUACGAGCUGUACAUUUCAACUCUGAGAUGUUUUAUAUGGAAAACAUCCUUUUUGGGAUCAAGUCUGUAGAAGGAGAAGUCACAAAAAGUAACAGAGAAACAAAACCCACUUUGAAAUAGCCACCAUUUUAAAGGCAAUGGAGACUGAUCCCAUAGUGUAGAAAAUUUGAUUACUUUGUACUUCAUGGAAAACCUGAAAGUUUUCUUUGAGACAGGCUAUACCACAGAGCAGUACUAGAGAGAGGGUUGAAAACUGCUUGAAGGACUAACUUACCUAAAGCAGGAGGCUCUGAGGGAUUUGGUCUGUUCCAUUAGCAUGAAAUGCACUCUUAUGUUUUCACUCUCUAGAACAAGAAGGUAGUUAUUAAAAGUGUCACUUUUGCUUUUGCCUCUAAUAGUCUUCUGGCUUCCGUAUUCCCUUGCCUUAUUUACCUAGCCUGUGCUCCUUAGCAAACUGCUCUUUAGUUUCAGUACUACGAUCUCUUGAUCUCUGCUGAAAAAUUUCAGUGAGGGUUUAGGUGACAGACUUGAUACCCUUCUGUCAAUGGAGGGCUUGUCCAUUGGCUCCUCCUUGGCCACACAGAAUUCUGUUCUCAGACAGCAGCUGCAGCUUUUAUUGAGAAAGAUACCAUAGAAGCAUCUCAUGGGCAAUAUAAGGUUAAAAAGGUGAGCUAUAGGUCUAGACUAAGCACCUCGUUUAUGUGAGGACACUGACAUAAGCAAAGCAGAAUAAGGUAACCUACCUUCGGCAUACUGAGGAGGAUGUCCACCCACAGCUUCUCAGUACCUCAAGUGAUGUUUUUAAACAGCAGUUUGCAAGAAAGAGCAAAACAGGUCUUGCACAAAAGAAAAGGCAGUUAAUGAUAAAAGAGACUCUCAGCUUGCUGCUGACAGUUUGCUGUCUUCUCACUCCUAAGCCACAGGGUGAGAUUCAACAUGAACGUAGUUGGUAGUGGCACCCCUUCUGAACAAAGAGCAGACGUAAAGGCUUUACAAGAUGGAAAAAGCACAAAGCAAUGUUCCAGUGUGAAUGUCUGGAUUCUUUCCUAUCUAGAGUUAUUUUCCAGUUUUCCUUAUGUGUUAACUUUCAUACUUCCAUGUGCCUUGCACUCAUGUCAUCUCCUCCCCCCCAUAUAUGACAUACUACCUGAAGUUAACAGUGAACCUUACCUCUUCCUGAACUCAAGAGCCUUGGAACCGCUGUGGCCAGCAGGGAGAUGUGGAUUUGCCAACCAUAUUUAAGUUUUCUAGAUGAAUAAUCUUGUAGCAAAAUACCUUUUUUUGUCUUUUUCUCCCCCCAUUUGUAAAUACUCAAUCUCAGUUUUCAGGAUGCAUAUUCUGUUAGCAGAAGUGAACUAAAGUGGAUGGAUGUAAACAGACUGCUUGGGUUCUGCCUCAAAUCUUCUGGCCUUGGACUGGAAAAGAAGUUGUGAGAAACUGGUAGUAGAAACACACAGAAAAAAGCCCUUCACUUAAAUGCAUUACUGUUCAUACUUUCUGGUGACAAAUACUGUGUCUUUCAGGCAGUACUCUGCAGCCUGCUUUUGGUCCUACUUGAUACCCUUGCAAAAUGGGAAGUAGUUUUGCAAAUGGUAUACAAUUACAAUGCUAGUUUAUUGUUUGUUAUGAUAAGCAGCGAUGUCUUCUAUAGCAUAAAAACCAGUUUGUUUUGACAAUUGAAUCUUUUAUCAUAUGAAGUACUGCUUCAUGGUGGGCUGUUGGAUUGGAGUUAAUCUGGCAACGUGAACGAAAUAUUGUGGAAACUAACCCAAAUUUUUAUUUCCUUUCUUAGAAAGGAGCACACAGACAAAAGUGAGUUCAUGGUGAAAGGAACCUUGUAAAAUAACUUACAUAUAAGGGAAAGAAGCGUUUUUUAGCACAUAUUGUAGGGGAAUUGAAUAUGCUCCUUUGAAGAAAGCCUGCAUUUUAAAGCAUCUACUGCUGUUAAAUGCAAUGCCCAAAGACUCUGGUGACUAAGCACCAAACUUUUAUGUGUUUAAUGCAUUUGGGAACCUCCCAGUCAGAUGUCUUUUUCUUAUAUGGUGAAUGUACCCAUAAAUUAAUAGCACUUAGGUCGUGCUUCGUAGUUUGGCUCUUAAGUUCUGCUAACAAUGGCCUUAAUCUGUGAGUAGGAGAAUACAUAGAAAAUACAGUUCUUGACACUGGUGUAGAAACAAAGCUUCGUAAUGUGUAAGCUUUUAUAAAUGGGGAGAAAACUUGGACCUCUAUACAGCUCUUGGUACCUACUCUACUAGCCAUUUUUAAAAAUGGGAGUUUGCAUAGGUAGAAAAAACCUCUAAUAAUAAUAAUAAUGAAUAAAUCACUGCUUUGCUAAAUUACUAAUUUUGAACACAGAGGGUAAAGAGAAAAGGUAUUAGUUAAAGGUGAUGCCAUACACAUUACUAAACCAGAACUCAAACACCCCCAAGGCAGGGUGAGAAUGCUUGUCUUUUGGCAGGGGGGAGAAAAUGUAAGCACUAUUUGAGUAAAGGCCUUUCUAAUGUGUGAUACCAAUCCUGUGCUCCCGAAAAUGUAGUGUGUUUUACUGAGCAGCCUGGGAGAUUUCCAUUUUAAGCACGUACUAUGUGUAACAGGAAUUACUCAUAAUCGUAAGUGGUUCAUUUCAAUGCACUUAUUUCUCUUGUGCACUUUAUACUCCACUGAAUAGAUGAACAUGGUCACCAUGAUCCCUAACGAUAUAGCCUGUUUAAUACAAUACUGAGGCACAACAUGCUGCAAACUGGAAUUUUAUGUUUCAGAACUGAGUUGGUGUAAAAAGCAGCUUGAAAGCUUUGUGGGUUUUUUCCACUGUAACAAAGCAUGUUCUUCUCUGUUCUUGAUGUUUUGCUAAAUAAACAUCCCAUGUUCUGUG